GAGAGAAUCUAAGGAGGUGUGUGGGAAGAAGAAGAAGACGCGCACGUCACACAUCUGUCAAACAACUCAAUCUCAGUGCUGCAUUUUCUUCUCUCCAAUAAAAUUAAAUUCAUAAUAAUUAUAUUUGUUGUAAUACAAAUAAGUGAUAUUUUAGAAUUAAUCAAAAUUAGCAGCAUUACAUCAGUUACAUAACGGCAAUGGUCAUGGACGCGACUCCAUCUCCCCAAUCUGUUGGACGUGAAUUUGUGCGGCAGUACUAUACGCUGCUGAACAAGGCCCCGAAUCAUCUGCAUCGCUUCUACAAUCACCAAUCGAGCUUCGUGCACGGCGGCCUGGAGGCCAAUAAUCGCGACGCGAGCCUCGUGAUUGGGCAGAAGCAAAUCCACAAUCGCAUCCAGCAGCUCAACUUCCGCGAUUGCCACGCCAAGAUCAGUCAGGUGGAUAGCCAGGCGACGCUGGGGAAUGGUGUUGUUGUGCAGGUGACGGGUGAGCUGUCCAAUGACGGUCAACCCAUGCGACGCUUCACGCAGACGUUCGUCCUGGCCGCGGAGACGCCCAAGAAGUACUACGUUCACAAUGACAUCUUCCGCUACCAGGACGUCUAUUCCGACGAUGAGGCGGAUGCGGAUAGUGAGCGUUCGGAGAAUGAUGCGGAUGCCGAUGUGAGUGGGGGCGGUGGGGCUGUGGAGGAGCAGCAAACGGGCGCAACGACACUGCAGCAAGCACCGGCGCAGAUUUACUAUCCCCUCGUUGGUGCCCAGGGUGCGGGAACAGCUGCGGGAUUGCAGCAAAUCACGCAGCCCGUGCAGAUGAAUGGGGUUGUGCACGAUGAGAUGCUGCAGACCCUGCCACCGGCUACACUUCUUCCGGUUUCACCCAGCACGGCUGCUGCCACGGCCCUUGUGCCACCAAAUGCAGCAAGUGGUGUCCUACCGCUCGAUCCGACCAUUGCUGCUGCUGCUGCCCAAGCGGCACUCCCAUUGGCUGCCCAACCAGCUCCCGGAAAAGACGCCGCCGCCGCUACGCUGCAAAUGGGCACUGUGACCGAGGUGAGCGCCAUUGAGGCGGCUGAGAAGGCCAAAGCCGUGGCUGCUGCAGCUGCUGCUGCCGCCGAGGAGGCCCCCAAGGACAUAACCAGUGAUGAGGCAGGCACAAAGGAUGACAUGGCACCGCGUGUGAUGCAAAAUGAAACGACUUAUGCGAAUUUGGUGAAGAGUGGCGGUGGAGCCCCUUCUGGGGCGCUCUCCUUUGCCUCCGCCAUGGCUCAAACGAGUUCCGGGGUAUCCCAUGGGGGCCUCAGUGGGAUGUCUCAGUCAUCAACGGGGCUCGUUAAUCUCGCAGCACCGCGCUAUGUCACCUCACCGCCGCCAAUGAAGAAUGAAAGUACCAGCAGUGGCAGCAGCUACCGCACAUCCGGCGAUCGGGAUGGCAUCACAGGUAGUGGUGGUAUGUCGGGGAUGCAACAACGCCCAGCUGGGGGUAUGGCACCACGUCCAGUGCGCGAGAGGCGGAGUAGCAACACGAAUCAGGGUGUCUAUUCGGAUACGCAGCAGCUUUUCCUCGGCAACAUUCCCCUGCAGGCCACCGAGGAUGAUUUAAGGCCGCUCUUCUCCAAGUAUGGCACCGUGAUCGAGUUGCGAAUCCUCAGCAAGUCCAAUGCACCGAAGAUCCAGGGGCGGACACAGCCACAAAAUUAUGGAUUCAUCACUUUUGCGGACCCCGAAGCGGCCACUAUGUGCCAUUCGGAGAAUAACAUCAUUUAUUCGGACGGGCAGAAGCUAAACAUUGAGCUGAAGAAAACGCGCCCCCGCAAUGACCUUCCGGGUAGUGGACUUGGUGAUCGCGAUAGACGCAUGAUGGGCGGCGGCGGAAGUGGUGGGAUGUCCGGCAAUGGAACACGACCGGGAAUGGGUGGCAGUGGGGGACCAGGGGGAAUGGGGAGUGGUCUGCGGGGCACAACGAGCGGAACUGGCGGUGGGAUGAUGGGGCGCCCCGGGGGCAAUCGUCUUGGUGGCAGCAACGGCGGUAUCCGUGGCAGUAGCUUCAAUCGCUCCGACAGGAUGCCAAUGGGACGCGGUGGGGAUGGUGAUAGACCGUCAGCACCUCUCGGCAAUAACAGCGGUGGUUCCACUUACGGAAGGCGCUAAUAGCCCCCCCUCCCCAACGAUGGAGGACUUCACAGAGAGAGAGAGAGAGAGAGAGAGAGAGUGAGGAAGUGAAUAAGGCGCGCUGAGAGAGAAGAAAAAACAUUGAGAAGCAGAUUAAGUGAAAAAUUAAAAAAAAAUAACACGAGACUGGAAAAAAGCGUUGAGAUCAGCAAAAGCAAAAAAAAGAAACAUAAUAAUAAUUUCAAGACACACCAUUUUUUUAUUAUUAUUAUUAUUUCCUUAAAAGAGAGAGAGAGAAAAAGAAAAUUAAGGAAAGGAUUUAUUUUAAACAUAAAUUAAUUCAAACAAAAAAUGGACUUUAAAGAGAAAAUUAGAUGAAUGAAAUAUUUUGCUUAUUUGCGCCGACAAAUGCUCCUCAUCUGUAGAUUUUUUUUAUUAUAUAAAUUUAAAUUCAAAAAACAAAAAUAAUUUUAGGAAAUAUUUUUUUUUAAUCAUCCACCAUUCUUUUUUGUUUCCCCCAACCCAUUUUUUUUUACAAACUGUAUAAUAUUGGAGUUUUUUCGUUGUUUUUUUUUGGAGAGAGAGAGAAAAAAUAGAAAAUUUAUUGUUAGUAAGAAGAAAAAAAAUUAAGGCUAUAAAAACUUGGGCAUUUUGCAAAGUUUCAAUAAUAAGGAAUUUGCUAAAACAGAAAAAAUAAAAAAAAUUAACCAGUUGGACCCAUUUUUUUU